AUGGACUACAGCGCGUCCAUUAAUGAGGCCGAGGAUCCGGCCGGUGCCUCGCCCUGGGGUAACUCGCCCCGAUCUUCGCCGCACCACAGUCGCACCGCCUUUGGCAACGCCGCUACCGAGCCGCCGCCAUUCCCGUAUACGCCUGAGAACUCCAACGGUCUCGGGCCGGCGGCCGUUGAGGGGGAGGGAUUCCAGCGCCCUGGAACCGCCACGACCGAGUCGGGCACUGAAGGCGAGGCCGGAGACUCUCUGGCGAGUGAGGCCAGUGCAGCAGAGGCGGUUGGCGACUCGCAAGCCGUGGUCUCCGAGCACACCUCGCAGGCUGAGCCUCCGUUCCAACCAGCCGCCGCUCCGCAUGCGCAGCCAGAGCAGGCACGGCAACCACCCAAACCAGCUCAGCCUCAGUACAGGCUGCAGGCAAAAAUCACCGGGCUUGAGCGAACCGGCAAGAAGGAUCCCGUGUUGCGGUUCGAUGUUCAUACAAACCUUCCACGGUUCCGGACGACCCAAUAUCGCGAUGUUAGGCGUCUGCACUCCGAGUUCGUUAAGCUUGCCGAUCAUUUGAUAUCCGCCAACCCCGAGGCCCUGGUUCCCGCAGUCCCGCCUGCUGUCACGGCGGCUGGGGCUGGCACCGAUGAGGACGAGACUCGCGUCAAGGCCAUGAUGCAGCGGUGGUUUAACUACGUUUGCAGCAGCGACGUCCUGAUGAGGGAUGACGAGAUGAUUCUUUUUGUCGAGAGCGACUUUGGCUAUAGCCCCCUAGUAAAGAUGAAGCAGCCCGCGACGGGCGUGCGCCGGAAGAUCUUGAAGCAGUUUGCGCCCCCUCCAGAUGAUACCCCUGAGUUGGCGGAUGCCCGACCUACGGUCAAGUUGUUUUAUCUCGGUACCAUGGACGCCGGUCACAAGGUUGACAAGAUGGUCAAGGCCAGACGAGGCCUGGGUCUCGCGGAAUCUGACUACGGAGUCAAGCUGGGCAGCAUGAACGUUCAGGAGCCCCACCCCGGUCUGGCCAAUGCCUACAGAAAGCUCGGCAAGGUCGUGCAGACUGUCGGCGACUAUCACGCCGCUCAAGCGACAGCUGAGGCGGCCACAAUCGGGGACCCAUUCCAGUACCACUCCCAGGACUCCUUUAUCGUCAAGGAGUCCUUGACGAACCGUCAAAUCCUCAUUCGGGAGUUCCUUCAAGCACAGGAGGCCACACGAAGCAAGCUCAACGCCGCCGACCGGCUCAAGGCCAGCUCAAGCGUGCGACGCGAAAAGGUCGACGAAGCCAUUGCGGCCCUGGACGAGGCCCGACAAAACGAGCAGACGCUCUACAACAAGACGAAUCGCGUGACACAGAACCUCGUCCAGGAGCGACGGAAGUGGUUCUCCCGCACUGCUGCGGACCUCCGCCUGAGCAUCCGCGAGUACGUCUGCCGUGAAAUCGAGGCUGAGCGGCGGACGCUGGCUCUCCUGGAGACUGUGCGGCCAGACAUCCGCUCCAUCGAUGCCUCCGGCGGCCUCAGCCGUCUCGGCCGCGAGGCGCACCCUACCGUUCGUCGCGCCAGCAUGGCCGCCAGCCAAGGCCCCAAGGGGGACGCGUGGAGCGGCGUGCCGCGGCGCUCCGACGCCACGAGCCGCAGCGUCUCCAGCAGCUUCAUGGGCAAGGUCGCCGAGGAGGGUGACGGCGAUGACGAGCGCGAGGCCGGCCAGGGCAAGGCCGGCGGCGCGGGCGGCGCUCACGCAGGUCUGACGGGAGUGAACGAGGAUGACGACGACCGUAUCGACGCGAGAAACGCGGCGAGCCGGCUCGCGACGAGCACCUUCUGA